AAAUACAAACUAAAUACUUGAUAAAGAUAACGUAAUCGCAAAGAUGAAUUUUAUUUUAAUCAUGACGUCAUCUUGAUUUUGACGAACAGCGCUGCUGAACGUGUAGUUGCAAGUGAGAACAUAAAUACGUUGUUCCUACGAUAUAAAAUAGAGAUUCCGUUAAACUUUUGAUAUGUUUAAAACUUUGUGUCAACAGUAUCUAAAAUCUUCGUUUUCUAAAUAUAAUUUAAUCAUUAUGAAUUCCUGUUGUAAGGACGUAGCGUUAACGGAGCCAAUCCCUUUCUCGAAAGAUUUUCUUUUUCGUCAAAUGUUCGAUCCCGUGUCCAGUACGUAUACUUAUCUAUUGGCCGACAUCGACGAUAAGACCGCGAUCUUAAUCGACCCGGUCAUCGAAUGGGCAGAACGAGAUAAAACCAUUAUUCAGGAAUUGGGAUUAACGUUAAAAUAUGCUAUAAAUACGCAUAUGCACGCUGAUCAUAUCACCGGAACAGGAAAGUUGAAGAGUUUGUUACCUGGUUGCCAGUCAAUGAUAUCACGUAGCAGCGGCGCUAAGGCUGAUAUACUCUUGAAUCCGGAUGACCAAAUAAGCUUUGGCAAGCAUAAUUUACUGGUGCUGCCUACUCCCGGACACACCGAAGGUUGCGUUACCUACGUAUGCUACGAACAAGGUAUAGCAUUCACAGGCGAUGCUUUGUUGAUACGCGGAUGUGGACGAACAGAUUUCCAGGGUGGCUCCGCGGAAGUCUUGUACAAUUCAGUUCAUUCGAAAAUCUUCACGUUGCCAGCAAAUUUCAGACUGUAUCCUGCCCACGAUUAUUCUGGUAGAACAGUAACCACGGUGGCCGAGGAGAAGGCCUUUAAUCCUAGAUUAUCUAAAUCCCUAAAUGAAUUUGUCGACAUAAUGAACAACCUUAAUCUGGCGUACCCAAAAAUGAUCGACAAAGCUGUACCGGCGAACAAAGUUUGCGGCCUAUACGAAGUUGCCAAGGAACAGAAACCAUGAAGAGACGAACUGGCUGAUAUUUUUACGUUCAUCGAUCGGCUUGUUGUUAAUUCGAUUUGGUCGUUUUGCGUACGAUAAUAGCGCAUAAUAUAGAAGAGUAUCAAUUACACGGUAAAAAUAAAAGUAACAAUCUAAAAGCGAAACGAGGUGGCCCAUCGUUGUUAAUUAACACCCUCGACCUGUUUAAUUUUGAAAUUUGCGCUAGUAUUAAAAUUAAAAUUAAAAUUCCGCGUAAAGAAACGCAACGUCAUUUCCAACCCUUUUGUUCUCGUUAAACGCUAUGGCCACGUCUUCUAAAUAACGUAUGCUAAAUUUUAUACACUAAUUAAAUUUCCACCCGUGCACAGCGCAGGUACCCUGAACUCGACGCAUAAUUAUAAUUCAAAAUAAUUCCAACCGUAUUUAUCGCACCGUACCAACCGAGCGUGUUCUUAUUUCUCGACCGAAUCAGCCAUAGUUCUACCGUAAACGCGUUAUCGUAACGUGCUAUCUUGUACAAAGGAGAUUUUACAUUAGCAUAGGUAAAUACGUUGAAAGAAUUAAUCGGCGUGCGAAAGUGGAUAUCAGCGGCGAUGAAAAGAUAGCGCUGGUUAAAAUUUCGCCGAUUUUACCACGUCCCAUCCACUCAACUACUUUGACGUUUAUAGCCGGGCUGAUUUUCUGAAGCACGCGAAACGAAACGUAAGACGGUAAUAGAGAUGGAGGCUGCUGUAAUCGGGUAGUUUAAACGGGCUGUCUUGUCGAAACUCGGGACGAAGAGACCCCCAUGGUGUGCCGCUGGUUUCUACUGCAUAGCUGAGGGUUGAAAUCGAUACCGUUUCCAGGGUAACCGGUGGGUACGGUGGCCGACACACGGGCAAAGGUAUGGGCCAAGGCUAUCUGCUCGUGCGUUUUCAUGCUCUUCUGAAAAAAAAAAAAAAAGAGGAGGAAGAAACGGACAGAGACGGUUAGCGGGGCGAGGAGAAAGAAAAACAGACGAAGCCACGCGGAAUGUGUAAUUUCUCUGGGUCCGAUGGCUUAGACGGAAAAUAGAGAGAAGUCGAACGCACGGGGUAUGCGGUUGGUUAACAAAAAUGAAAUGUCAAGAGACGUUAAGGCGUACAUACUUACGUGCACGCUUCUCUAAACCGUAAAAACGACAAGAGCCGGGAAGCGAACGGAUGCAACGAAACAGUGUUGGCAAUUCGUCCGGUUUAAAGACUCGUUGAUGUGCAGAUAUAUAUGCCGCUCACGAUAUUUCAUUCUGUACCGUUUGAUUUUGUCUUCGUGUACCUCGUCGUUCCUCUUGGCCUCGCCUUCAUUACGCAUUAUAGACGUAUGAGUAAUAAGUAUUAGAGACGAAUAUAAACGAUGUCGUAGCGUUGUAUAUUACACUUUGUGUAUUAAUAGGGCUAUUACGGGCGCGUAUUAGCGACGAUAUUAUGUAAAUGUACAGUAAAAAGGUAGUAGCCCCUGGAACGUUACAACUCUAUCAUCUUUAACGUUUGGAUGUUCAUCGGCGGAUGCAUAAUUCGAAUCGAAUCGCUUCUUUUUUAGUCGCACCCAUUUCUCAGCAUAAUUAACCACUAUCGUAGCGUACAAUUGCAUUAGAUUGAUUUAUACGUUAUAUCGUACUAGGUUAGCCUGCUAUCGGCUGAUCGUAGGUACGUCAUGACAAUAUUUAUAUCAACAAUAUUUAUAAUGGGCAUGCUAUUUGUGACAAAUGUCGAUUACAUUGCUGCACUAGAUCGUUGCGGGUGGAUUAGCUGCAGAAGGUUCGCGUCAAACUGAAUCAUUGCUUCGUGUUUUAACGCAUUAACUACUACUAACCUGAU